GCCUGACGGGGAACGCCUAGUCAAACACUCUUUUUAAAGUUUAGAAACAUGGCUUCAAAGUGUGCCAAAAAUGAGUCCAUUUCCUUCUCUGUUUCGACCUUUGGUUGCUAUAAUAACCACAGAAAUAUAGUUUGUGGUUAACUGAUGUCAAUUAUGUCGGGCGAAAGCAAGGAGCCUGAGGAUACAAGUGAAAAAACGCCAUGUUCUGACUUGAUCCGGGGUGUUGAGAGUGACGGUGAAGAUGAUGUUGUGGAGUCGAAAGGUUCGAGUCCAGGUCUCGUAGGAGUGUUGUUGAUGAGCCAAGCGCUGGAGAAUUAUCACAAGGGUAAAAGAGGUGACUACGAUUUUCUGGUCUAUAAGCUAGGAGAUCCUUAUUUAAAGCCUCUGUACCUGCAGCGAUAUCUAAAGGCUUUGAAGGGAUGUGUCUCUUUACUGAACAAGUCCUGUGAAACACUUGUCGGUACAGUGUUGCGAGUUGACUGGGCAUCUUCUGACCAUGAUACCGUCCAAGAGUUUAUUGAGUUCUUGACAGUUCUUGUAUCAGCACAGACCUACUACCUCAGAGCAUGCUUGAAGAUGUUAAUAAAACACUUUAUGCCGAAUGUUCCCAAGGGCAAGACAGCAGAAGAUUUGAUUAAAGAAGAACAAGAACAAGCCUUUGCCAAUACCCAUGAUGCAUUGCAGGCAGUGCUGGAUGUUGUUCCUAUGACCCCAAAGUUUUUACUUCCUGUUUUAUCUGAGUGCUUUCCAUACAUAAAGAGACAUCAAGUAUUCCAGACAAGUUAUGUGAGCAACACACUCCAGGUCACAUGGUACAUCCCCACCCUUAGAGGAGAAAUCCUGGAACUAGUCAUCAACCACAUCACCAAGAUUGAUGUUGAGGUACCAAAACAUGAGCUCGAGGAUAGACAAACGGAGGAAGAUGAUGCUACACAGUUUGAAGUCGAUCUGGAACUGAAUCCUGAAUCUCCAGAUAAAGCUUCCGAGGAGAGCGAGAUGGCAGCUAUGCUAGACUCUCUGAUGGACAUCCUAUUCAAGUACAUGAGGGAUUUCUGUUUCCCUGCUAAUGAACUCAGUCUAGACUCCAGUACUGAGUUGUUUGGCUACCUGGUGAAGAGUUUUGAGAAAGUCAUUCUGCCGACCCACGCGUGUUGUCACAUACAGUUCGUCAUGUUCUACAUCUGUAGUUUAGAUGAGGUUUUUACAAAUUCGCUUCUAGAGGUCUGUUGGAAAAAGGUAGCCAAUCCAGGUGAGGCAGGGAUUUUAAGGCAAGCCAGUGCCGCAUACAUGGCGAGUCUUGUAGCAAGAGCUAAAUACAUCUCCAUCAGUACUGUCAAGACAUGUCUUGAGCUGCUCACACACUGGGUUCAUUGCUACAUUGACGACCAUGAUGAAGCGUGUCUUGGAGCUGACGUUAACAAACACGGUCCAUUCUACUCGGUCUGCCAGUCCAUAUUCUACAUCUUUGUGUUUCGCCAUAGACAGUGCUUGGAGACACCUGAAGGGCAGAAAUUCGUUAGCAAACUGAACUUUCAGCGAAUUGUAACAUGUAAACUAAACCCCUUGAAGGUUUGCCUACCUACCGUUGUCGACCUGUUUGCACAAGUUACCAAGCUACACCAGGUCGUGUUGUGCUACACCGUCAUCGAGCGCAACAAGCGCUCAAUGCUUCCCGUUUCGUCCGCCAUUACCAGCAACAGAACGAUUAGCCAGCUCAGCUUGCAGAAUCCGCUGGACUCUUUCUUCCCGUUCGACCCGUAUUUGCUACGAAGAUCAUCCAAGUACGUAAAGCCACAUUACCAGGAAUGGAAAGGGGUCGGCGAGGAACAUGCUUUGCUGGAAGACCAUCAAGACGAUGAAAGCGAGGAGGAAGAUGACUACAUGGGGUAUGGCAAGAGUCCGGGUGUGGACAUACCCGACCCUACCCCUGACAUCGCUAUGAGUGUCUCCCCAGGAUUUGCUCUGUCUCCCAAUUUAGCGAUUGAGCUUGAACACAGACUACAGAGACGGACAGCCAGAUAAUGGCACCGAUUGUUGGAGAGACUGGCAACCAAUAGCUUGCUUGGCAUUUAUCAAGAUACAUCACACUGGCUAGUCCAGGAUGGUCUACCCAUUCACCACUGUAAAAUCUGGUUUGCCUUGAUAAUGAAGAGACGGAGGCUUUUAUCAUGCUAGGAUCCGGCGUUCUUUGCGGGCGCUCACAAAGGUCACUACUUCACCCGCAAAGUAUGCUGGAUCCUCGAGCAUGACGCAGGAUGAAAAACAAAUCAAAAUACAAAUGACACUGAGUGGUGACAAAAUGGGAGGCAUACUCAAUGAUCCAGGUCUAUCCCCUUCUGACUGCAAAGAUCACUGAUUAUCUUAUCAUCGGGGCCUCUGGUAUGAAAAGGCGGACAAUAAAAUCAACAGACAAGAAAUGGCAUUGAUGGGUGACCGGAUAACAGUGAAAGGACUGAGUGAAGAGAACACUGACUAAUAAACAGAUUAUGCUACAAAAAGUAGACUGAAGGGCAGGUUGCCAGCCAGAUGAUAAUAAAGAGUCAGUGUAAGGAGGGUGAAGUCUUAGACAUGGUUGAUGUGCGAAGAAAACAUUGGUUGUCAGCAACAUAGGUAGUCAGCCAGAUAAGGAUAUAACUAUAUGAAUAAAGUUUCACAGAUAAUCAACAA